UCACUUUAAUUUCUGCUUCCCAACACAAACCAAUUAACUCAACGUGGGAGACACAUGGCAUCACCUUCUUCUUCAAUAUCUCUCUCAACACCCUCGCCGCCGCCGCCGUCCGCCGGAAACAGGCCCGGACCUCGCCGUUCGUCGCUCAAAAUCCGUGCUCGGACCUACAGAUCAGAAGAAGGGAGAGGAGGGCAUAUAGGGGAUGCAAAUUUGAGAGUGUUGAGGGAAAGAAUAGAAGAAGUGAGGGUGAAGGAGAGACUGGAGAGAUGUUUGGAGUGUGAGUUUGGGUGGAAUUACAAUAUUGCCAUCAAUGACUGCGACAAGAAGAUGGCGGCCAUGUCUGCAUUACUGCAACUUGUUUGUAAUGUUGGUGGGACUAUUGGGUUCACCAUUCUGGGCUGUUCUUUCUGCCUUUACCUUACUUCAAUCUUUAUUCAUUUCACUCUCUAAUAAAUUGUAAUUAGCAGUUACAUUACACAAUAAUGAUUGUAAUUGGAUGUGGAUAUAUAUUAUCAGUCUUUAUCUAUUCACUUU